GAGAGGGGCGGGGUCGGUGGGUCCUAGAGAAGCAAAACAAUUGUGUGCUGGAGGGACGCCGGCUGCAGAGUGGAGUCUGGUCUCGCUCUCUGCAGACAACACAGCAAUCCAACACGAAUAUUAAAAAAAAAUUGCAUUCGCCUCGUUAAAGGGCAAUAGCUUAUUUCGAUUAAUUGACCUCCCGCCCCCCUUCCUCCUCCUCCAGAAAAGACUAUGAGCUCCAAACGCGUUACCAAAAAAUAUAAAGUUGUAGGCACAAAGGUUUGCGCGCCAAGUUCAGCGGACGAAGUCAGAGUUUCUGGAGUGAUUCAGGCUUGUAAGAACGACCCUUCGGGUAAUAAUGUAUACACAAUUAUGUUAGAUGAUGGCUCACUCAGAGAGUAUGCAGAAGAAGAAAUAAUCUGCAUCGAUGUCAAAGUAUCUGGAAAAGGAAAAUACAGAUGUAAUCAGAAGAUGUUUUUGAAUUGCAAAACCAGCGAAUCGCUUGCGGUGCUUCAGGAUCGGGUGAAAAACGAUGUCACUUUAAGAUCGCCGGAGCCACGCGGCCUGACAGCCAAAAAAACAGAAGACCGGUAUCUGGAAAACAAAUGUAACAGAAUUGGCGAGGUGGAGAAGGAGCCCGCGGCCCGCCCCCUUGGCUGUGUGUCAGAACAGAAACGCCUCCUCACUUCGGCAAACAUCGACGUUCCUCAGAGAAAGCCUUCUGAAGAAGCUGACAUGGAUGAAGUUAUGGCAGCUACAGUUUUGACCAGUCUCUCCACCAGUCCACUGGUCCGCAGUCCGUCCUCAGGAACACACAUAUUGGAUAACUGUAAAGUAUCAAAGGAGGGGCCAGCUUUAUCUGUCAGCUAUGGCAGCAGCACUACUAGUGGUAACUGGAGUUGGGACAUUCCAAGUGACCACUCCAAUCCAUCUACACCAUCGCCACCAUUGCCAGGUGAUGGCUCCAAACCCUUCCCAUUAUCUGGACAAUCAGAUGAUGGUAUUGAUGAACCAGAAGCAUCUCACUUCCUGUUUGAAGAACCUACUCCUAGGAAAAGAAAGAACUCCAUGAAGGUCAUGUUUAAAUGUUUGUGGAAGAAUUGUGGGAAAGUUCUAAGUACGUCAUCAGGGAUACAGAAACAUGUACGCACACUCCACUUGGGGCAUAAUGGUGACUCUGACCACUGUGAUGGUGAAGAAGAUUUCUACUACUCAGAGAUUGAUGUGGAUGUAGAUUCAUUAACAGAUGGUUUGAGUAGUCUUACACCAAUGUCGCCAACUGCCACAAUGCCACCAGUUUUUCCAAAUGUGGAUUCUGGAUCUUCAAAUCCAGCUUUAGUGAAGAGUGAAGAAAAGUUAGUGACUCCUUUGAGUCGUUCAGCCCCGACUAACUUGUAUCAUGUACGCACUGACCAUGCUUAUCAGGCUACAGCACCUGUGAGCAUCCCUGUAUCAUCAAAGUUCAUGCCAAAUGGUUCUGGGUUCAGCAUAUCAUUGCAGUCGCCACCUAUAAUUUUUAAAGGUUCACAGGGUCCUUUAACACAAAUUCGUCCAGUAAGUAUUGUUGAGAAACGGCAGAUUUCCCACCCAUCCUUAAAGGUACAUACUUCUCUCGUGUCAUCACCUAAACCAGGGACAGGAACAAGGAAGCCCAGAGGUGAAGGGAAGAAAUGCCGAAAAGUUUAUGGAAUGGAGAACCGGGAUAUGUGGUGCACUGCCUGCCGCUGGAAGAAGGCCUGCCAGCGGUUUGUUGACUGAAUUAAUGGCACUUUGUAUUUUGUACACUCUAAGAUCUGACUGCACGCUGUUUCCUGAACAAUCAAUUAUAAUUUAAAAAAAGGCAAAAUAUGCUUAAGGCAGGGAAUGCUUGAAGCAUGAUUCUGUUGGGUGAAGCAUUUGUAAUUAUGUGUGAAUACAAUCAAAAAAAUUAACUUUUUAAGAACCAUGUUGACUUUCAAUUUUUCUUUGAACUUGCUGUGUUUUUUGUGGCACUUGAACCAGCUGACAAUUUUGCUAGGAUUUUUUUCAAUACUAAAUCUUUGCCAAUUUGAUAAAAUUCCUAAACAGUGGUAUUUUGACUGCCAUGUUUGCACUCUGAUCUCAGUUCAUUUUAGCCCCUAUUGGUUUAGGAAAAAAAACCUUCAAUCUUUGAGAAGAAUUGGCUCUUCAUUCCACUGCAGCACCACAAGUUUCUAAUGAAACUUGCAUUGUUUCAGGAAACACAUGCAGAUUAUUUCAAAAAUUAUUUUUUUUUUGUAGAGCUUUGCUUUUACUGCAUUAAAAUGUAAAUUUUAUAGUUUUUGAUUUUUGGUAUACAAAAAACUAAAUUUUAAUUGUUUUUACUGUGGAAACACAUAUUGCUAUCACACGUUUUUUUUUAAAUUUUGCUAUAAAAUUUGGCUAGUAAUUUGGAAGUUAGAGUAGGGUCAGACCUGGCUGGAAACUUCAGGAUGUGCACUAGGCUGUACUGCACAAUGAAUAAUUUGAGAAACACAGAGGUUGCCAAACGUGCAACAUGACAGAGUUGUGAGGAAGUAUGUGAGGUGUAAAUAAUGUCUCUUCACUGUAAAAUAAGACUUGUAGCAUAGCCUUAGUUAAGUUUUUGGGGGAAAAAAAAGAAGAAUCUGAUGAAAGUGGUUUUGUAUUUAUGAUCCAUUUUCAUGAAUGUACGACUACACCCUUUCACAGAGUUUAGUCUGUUCUUCAGUGCUGGUUGCCAUUACAAUUUUCUUUUUCUUUAAGCUAUUCCGCAAGUGUAUCUGCUCACUGCUGCAGUUCUCUUUUGUUUCUUGAUUGGUUACCUUUUAAUGACUGUGACCAACAGAGAAUGCUGCACCUUUUAGUACCAGGAUAUUAAGCUAAAUCCAGUCCAAUUUACCACCAGUUGCAUCUCAUCUUCAGGCAAAUAUUUAACAGUAAGUGAAACCGGCAGCUCAAAAUUUUAAUAGAUUGAUUGAUUAUAUACAGGGUUUAAGAUUGCUUUCCAUCCAGUUAGUCACUGGCCAGUAAGUUGCUUAAUGAAGUUUCUAAAUAUGUUGAAGUAAUGGGCAGUUUGAAUACUGCCAAAACAUUGAUUUAAUUGCUUUACAAAGAUUGCUUUGUACUUUCAAUUUUUUAAGUCAUUAAAAUUCUUAAAUGAAGUUAUGUUUAAGUUGUACUGGCAUACUGGCCCUUUUUAAUAAUUCACAGCCCUUAUGAACCAUUUGUUUCUGUAGUUAGAGAGGAAAACCAGCAUGUCUCGAGGUUUGAUCGGUGUUCAAAUGUAGUAUUUUAGAGAUAACAUACCAAAGUCAGUCUCUCCACAGUUUAUGAUGUGCUGUAUUCUCAGGAUUUUAAUGUUUAUAACUGUAAAAUGAAAAGCAGAGACUCUAAUAUUUUUAAUUAUAUACUAGAUUUUUUCUUUGUUUUGUUUUAAAAAAGGGCUUACCUGUAAAAUAGAUGUUGCGUAAACAGCUCUAAACUGGUCUUUGACCACAACUGGUGACAUAAGCAAAUGAAUGUAAACUGCUAACUUUUGCAGCUUUCAUUACAUCAGUUUGUUCUUUGCAUAUUGGAAAAAAUGGUCAAUAGUUAAUUUUCCAUAUGUCAUUCUGCAAAGGAAACUGUGACCCACAACAAAGCUUGUUUUAUUGCCAAAUGUAUUGGUAUUGCAUAAUUGUGGCAGUAAACAUUCCAAGAGAGAACUUUAUUUCUGCUUUGAAGACAGAAUGUGUAUUACCAGCAGUUGUACCAGCUUUGGUUUCAGAACUUAAUCAUUGAACAGGUGAAGAAAUCAAAAUCCUUUAAGGGGAAAAUGCACUUUUUGUAUGAAAAAGUUAUGGAUGAUGAUAUGUAUAAUGUGCUUUUUUAUUAUGUCAGAGAGGUGCAGCAUUUGUUUUCCAUACUGUUUCAGUGGAGAUGUAAAAUUCUCGUGGUUUUACAAAGGAACAUAAUUACUAAGUUAACCAGAAUGGGAAGGACCUCUUAUUUCUGUACAUACACCUGUAAUGCUGUGCCGUGUUUUACAUGAACAGCAAAUGCCUACUGCUGAGGUUUACGUGCCAAUGUAAUUCUGGGUUUCAUAUUUUUUUAAAAAAUGCAAGAAAUAAAGAUCCUCAGAACCG